GCCCCCCGGGGACGAGGAAGGGCUGCGGCCCCGCAGGGUGGGCGGCGAGGAGGGCUCAGCGGGGACUGGCGAGUGCCCGGCUUUGCGGGCCCGGCAGGUCCUGACGGUGCGCUCCUCUUCAUCCCCAGACAGCACGUCCAGCCAGCUGCCCAGUAGCAAGCGGAUGCGCACCGCAUUCACCAGCACGCAGCUCCUGGAGCUGGAGAGGGAGUUCGCCUCCAACAUGUACCUCUCCCGACUGCGGCGAAUCGAGAUCGCCACCUACCUGAACCUCUCCGAGAAGCAGGUGAAGAUCUGGUUCCAGAACCGACGGGUCAAGCACAAGAAAGAAGGCAAAAGUAGCUCCCACCGGGGCGGGGGGGGCGGCCACAGCUGCAAAUGCUCGUCCCUUUCCACCACUAAGUGCUCGGAGGACGACGAGGACUUGCGCAUGUCUCCGUCCUCCUCGGGGAAGGACGACAGAGGUCUCGCAGUCACCCCCUAA